CAGGAACAUCGUUUUAACUGACGGAAGGAGCAUAACCGCGAUGAAACUCAACCGACGGAAGCAACAGUUACCUCCCCUGAGCCGAUUGUCGUCUGCUAGUACAUGUAUACUGAACAGGUGUUACUUGAAAUGUGGAGAGGGAAAGAUAGACUAAUCCUAUCAUCAACAAUCAUUGAUUAGUGAAAGAAUAUUUAAUCGGCUGCUUUGGGACGAUACCAGGUCAUGAGAGCUCACAGCCUGUCGGAAGAUAUCAGUUCCAUGUUUUAUGUAUUGGUGUUUAACAGGUGGAUACAAAUGCUACGACUCUUUUUAUUCCUCCUAUGCGUGUCUCCUUGUCUUCUGACACAGCAUACAGAAAGUGAAAAAUCUGAAUGCCAUGGCAACUUGAGCAAGCUAAGAGACUGGACCAACGCAAGCUGUGUGACAGACGAUGAGUGUGGCAAGAAAAACACUUUGUGCUACAUGGGCAAGUGUGUCUGUCAACCAGGAUUUUUCUUCUCAACGACUUAUUAUACUUGCUCUGCCAUAUGCAGCACAGAAGACUUGCACAACACCUUCAUGGAGUAUCCAGACAGCGGUUUAAGGGGUCACAGUCUUGAGGUCAGGGAUGGACUUUGUUUGGAAGACUGCAAGAAACUGUGUCUGAAUACUAAACGUUGCCUCACCUUUGAUUUCAGAGCCUUAGGAGGGCUCUGUCGGCUUCGUGACGUCACGGCGCGUGACUCGCCCUCAGAGUGGUAUCCUAAGACGAGUGAAGGGUGGACCCACUACCAGAGAUCAUGCGGAUCGAAUUUCUCCUCAAACCAUGUGUGGUACAACUUACUGUGUAACAACGACCUGGACUGUCCUGACCCCUACAGUCAGUGUUUGACAGGCAGAUGCGUGUGUCCUUAUGGUACAGUCGUCAGCGAGAACGAGGUUAAGUGUAGUGUUCCAGAAUCAUGUAGAGACUUCCAGAAGAUGGGAGGUAAGACCGGUGUCUACCCCAUUCAGAUGACAGACAACACGGAAACCCUGACAGUCUGGUGUGACAUGGACUCUGGCGACGGCGGCUGGCUGGUUUUCCAGAGACGUCGCGACGGCUCAGUUGACUUCUACAGAAACUGGGAGCAAUAUGAAAACGGUUUUGGUAACGUGACUGGAGAGUUCUGGCUGGGCUUGUCCAGGUUGUACAGACUGACCAAAGUCAAACCUGUCCGAAUGCGUGUUGACCUAGGCGAGGUGAAUGGCGAGAGUCACUAUGCUGAGUAUUCAUCAUUCACUGUGGGUGGUCCUGAGACAAACUACAGACUGAAUGUGUCCGGCUACUCGGGUGACGUAGGUAACAGCUUGCCGUUUCAGAACUAUCAGAGUUUUUCAACCUAUGAUCGAGACAACGACAAAGACUCUGGAAACUGCGCCGUUAAUUAUCACGGCGCCUGGUGGUACAGAGACUGCCAUAACACUAACCUCAACGGCCUGUACAAGGCGGACGGAGCCAAUGGUGGCGACGGCAUCUGCUGGGGUAACGUCCAUAACGACGAUAGGAGCUUCACGUUCAGCGAGAUGAAACUCAAACCAGCCUAACAUCGCCUUUUCUCCUGUACUCUCACUGUUUGCAUCGUCAGUCUACUUCACACCACACGUUUCGUUAAUGACGCUAGCUCAGUGCAGAUUACAGUAGUACCUCUACAUACGAGUUUAAUCCAUUGCACAACUGAGCUCGCAUGUAAAAAAACUACUCCUACAGUAUAUUAAAACUAUUUUUCCCACACAAAUAAAGGAAAUAGGAUUAAUGCGUUACAACUCUCCUAUACCAGCACAAUUUAUAUGUAAAUAUAGGCUAAUACGGUAUAAUAUACAGCAUUGCAAAAUAAAUGUUAGCGAAACAAUAAUAUAAAUAAUAAAAUAAUUAAGAAUAUCUUAUGUUAAUCAACCUUAACUUGAAGGAGAUGAAAACUGUCGAUAACAGAGGUAGGCAGAUAGGAGGGAGGAGGAGGGAGGGAGCCGGAGAGCUGAAUGAUUCAGGUGAUGAGACAACACUAUUUCAACUUGAAACAUUUACAUUUUUACAAAGUGUACUACUUUUUUUUUCACUUUUCAUAACUUUUUAACUUAAACUUAAAAUGCUACGACUUUAAAAGCUAUUUAUAUGUUUAAAAACUCAACAGCCCGUAGCCGUCCACAAUAUUUAUUUUCAAUCAAAUUUACAAACAGCUAAGGCAGUUGAUAAGCAAACAUUCAAAUCCAGAUUAAUGUUUUGUUUAUUGAAAGGAAACGUCUUGUGCAUGCUACAAAUCAUCUAUUCUUUAGUUAGCAAGAAUGUCCUUUUUAUUGUUUUCUUUAUCGAGAAUCCUUAGCAGGGGAUGAUACUCAGUACAUCAAAUAUAAAAAAAAAAUGAUCAUGUCAUAAAUAAAAACUGUAUAAUCCA